CCAGAUUGGACAGGAUUGAUGUGUCUGAGCAUGUUCAUAAAAAUAAACGUUCUAAAAUAAUGUUAUUUGCGAUUUCUUUACUUCUAGCAUUAACAAAAUGCAUAGCCUCCAUAUUAAAACGAAAGUGUCUCAAAUAUGGACAGUAGGCCAAGGUCACCCAAAUCUAGACACAAAACUAAAGGGAAACAAGAUGAAUUAAAUACAAGCUAUGGAAAAGGGGAGAGUCCUCCUUUACCAGGAAUAAAUGAAAGACUAGGUCAACUCCGUCCAUCAAGAGAAUUAUUAGAAUAUUAUCGUAAAAAGAUAGCUGAGUAUGAUGAUGAGCAUGAUCAGCUUGUGUGUAAAUUAGAAGAAUAUAGAGUCACAUAUGAAGAUCAGCAUCAUCUACAGUGGGAAUUACGCCAAAGAGAAGAAGAAAUUGUAGAGUUACAAAAAGCAUUAAGUGAUAUGCAGAUAUAUUUAUUUCAAGAAAGGGAACAUGUUUUAAGAUUAUAUGCUGAGAAUGAUAGAUUGAAGAUUCGAGAAUUAGAAGAUAAGAAAAAGAUACAACAGCUGUUAGCUUUAGGUGGUGGUGGAGCAGGAGAUAGUGAAAUAACUUAUUUUAUUAAAGAACCUCCAGCUAAAGCCAUCAUUCCUCAAAAAAUACCCAGAAAAAAUAAUCAUAUUAGAGAAGAAAGCAAAUCAGCCAAAAAAUCCAGUAAAUCUCAUCUACCAUUAAAUGACAGACGCCAGUCUAUGUCACCUGAACCAGAGAAACGAUAUCAACAUGAUAAUGAGAUGCUAACUUUACAAAUAGAAUCAUUACAAUCACAGCUUAGUGAACAAACAAAAUUAGCUAAAGAACAAUAUGAAGCUUUAUUAGAAGACAGAAGAGUCAAAGAAGAAGAACAUGAAACUAGAAAACAGAGAGAUGAAGAAAAAAUCAGAUUACUGACAGAAAAGUUACAUAAAACACAAGAUUUAUUAUAUGUUAGUACUAAAGAUUUCUUAGAUCAGAGAUAUCAAGGCCGAGAAGUAGAAAGACAGUGGAUGGCAGAAAAAGAUAAAUAUCUACGUGAAUUAGAUGUUUGUAAACAAAAGAUGAAUAUAAGUAAAGAUACUAUGCUAAACGUAGGAGAUAAAGCUUAUUGUGAAGAUAAUGGUACCAAGGCUGAAGAAUUCAAGGCAUUAGAAUAUCAGUUGACACAAUCACAGAAAUUAUGUGAUAAUUACAGAGAACAAGUUAUACAAUUAGAAGAUGAGUUAUCUCGAUUAAGAGAAGAAGGGGACGUAACUAGAGAGAUAUUUAAGGAUCGCAGUGGAAAGAUGACUCAGCGUUUACAGUUGAUGAACUCCAGAUAUGAAGAUUUAGAGAAGCGUCGUAAUCUAGAAGUUGAAGGAUUUAAAACUGAUAUUAAAAAUUUGAGAGGUAGAUUGAAAGAUGUAGAAAGACAGUUAUAUAAGGUUACUCUUGGUUUUGCAGAAGAUAUGGACAUUAAAAGACCAGAUGACCUAGACAUGCAAAUAUUAAAGAAUGUCCGGGCCACUGCUGGAAGAUCUAAGAAAAUGUUUGGGGAAUUGAAAAACUUGAAAUCUAAAAUAUAUGGUCUUGAAACUGACUUAAAGCAUUUAUAAUAUAACAUACUACAUAUUGUGACUAACUGUGAUAUCUGUUUUAUUAUCCAAAUGUUUCAUGAUACUUGAAACAUUAAGGUUGUUAAAUGUGAAGGAUGUGGCGCAUCAAUAUAGGUAUUGUAAUAAGAACUUAUAGAUUUAUAUCAAUAAAUAGAAACGAAGCUGAUCAGAUUAAAUAAAAACAAUACUGAUAAUCAAGGAAAACCCUGUUACCAAUUGUGAAGGGUGGGACGAUUUACCCAAUUCUACCCAAUAUCACCCCAAUACCACCUCAAUAUCACCACAUACUACCCAAUACUACAACAUAAUGAUGCAAAAUAGACAUAUCGUUUGAUUUUUUUCAAAAAUAGAGAGUUAUAUCGCGGGAUAUGUACUUCACAUGCGAUACCGAUAUCUGGCUGUUCCAUUUGCCUCCCCCUACCACCCCAAAAAAGCCAAUAAUAACCCAAUACUACCAAAUACUUAUCAAAUACUACCCAAUAUGAUCAAAUAACAAACUAAUAUUGUCAAAUAACAGCAUAUUAGUAUAAUUACUAUUACAAAUAUUCAAUAUUUUGCAGAAAAUUUAAAUUUUUACACAGUUAUCUCCCUUUACAACCGGUAAAUAGAUUUUAGAUUGCUACUCUGAUUAAUCAUCUUCUUUGGCUUUGCAAUUGGUUUCCAAGACGACAAACUUAAAAUAAGAAAAACAGGUAUGACGAUAUACCAUAUUUUAUUCCCAAACUGACCCAUCUGUCUCUUACCACUUGAUAGGGUCGUCUGUCAAACAAGGUGCGUUUUCUCAGGUCCCCCGGUUUCAUCUCACUGUUAAACAUCCCUUCCCGCAAGCGAGUUAAUGAAAUAAUAUUGAACUAUAUGUUAGUCACAUCUCAGUUCAUCAAAACUAUCAUUUGUGGCCUGCUACAGCUCUGUCGGUUUCUUUGAUAAUAUAAAUAAAACAGAACUUGAUUACCCAAUCAUCAAUCUUAACACCGUUGAUUAAUUGUUAAGUCGGGUUGAAUGUAUAUACGAGUAGAGCAUUACACAUUGUGGGAGGAAGCUGGAGACUAUGUCUAUUCAUUUAGGUGAUAAUGAUAUCGCCGCGACAUCGUCACCUGUGGGUAUAUAUAAUAACCUGUUUUCCUUAUUUUAACUUCGUCGUCUUGGAAACAAAUUGCAAAGAACAACAAGAUGAUUAAUUUGAGUAGCAAUCUAAAAUCUAUUUGUCAGUUGUAAAGGGAGAUAACUGCAUAAAUAUUUCAAUUUUCUGUAAUUAUCGAAUAAUCGUUGUAAUUAUUAUACCGAUGUGCUGCUAAUUGACGAUAUUAGGUUUGUAUUUUAUAAUAUUGGGUAGUAUUUGAUAAGUAUUUGGUAGUAUUGGGUUUUUAUUUGCUUGAUUUGGGUGAUAUAGGGAGGCAAUUGAAACAGCCAGACAUCGAUAAUCACAUUUGAAGUACAUUUCCCACGAUAUAUCUCACUAUUUUUGAAAAAGUUCAAGUAAUAUGCUCAUUUGGCACCAUUAUGUUGUAGUAUUGGGUAGUAUGUGGUGAUAUUGGAGUGGUAUUGGGUAGUAUUGGGUAAUUUGUCCCGCCCGAAUUGUGAAACCAGGACAUCAACCCUUUUGACUAAGUCAACCAUUUAUCAUAAACAUGUAUCAUAAUUUUCAUAUUGUAAACUUUUUAAUGUAUAUGUAGCUACAUAGUUGUGUGAUAUGAGAAUAAAUAUUUAAAUUAU